UAAGCAGGAGGCUGAGAGCACAGUUUAAGUCUGAGCUCUGAGCCUUCUGCAUGUCAUCCCUGCUGGGCUCCUUGUGCCUGCUUCUGCUGGGAUUCCUCUACCAUGGAGUCCGCCCAGUGGGUUCCUCUGCUUCUCUGCCACAUCCUGGGCUUGCUCUCAGCUCCCCAUGUUCUGGGACACCUUCUUUCCACAGAGGAGUCCCCUUCUUCCUUCCAGGUGCUUCAGACUUCUUCCUUUGCCAACCGCAGCCAGGUUUGCAGUGAGGGCUCAGCCUGGCUGGACUCACUGCAGACACAUGCCUGGGACCCAGCCCUGAGAAGCAUUCACUUCCUGAGGCCCUGGUCCCAGGGCAACUUCAGCAAGGAGGAGCUGAGCCACUUCCAGGCACUACUGCAGCUGUACUUCCACACCUUCCCCCAGGCUGUGCAGACCUUCGCCAGUCAGUUCCAGUUCCAGUACCCUUUUGAGCUCCAGGUCUUGGCAGGCUGUCAACUAGGUGCUGAGGGGAAGGCAGAAAGCUUCCUGAAGGGGGCCUAUCAAGGAUCAGACCUCCUGAGCUUCCAGGGACAUUCCUGGGUGCCAUCCCCUGAGGCAGGGCGCCGGGCUCAGGAUAUCUGCAAGGUGCUAAGUUACUACAUGAUCAUUGGAGAAACACUGCAGAGGUUUCUGGAAGACACCUGCCCUCGCUUUCUGGCGGGUCUCCUGAAAACAGGAAAAUCCGAGCUGGAACAACAAGUGAAGCCAGAGGCCUGGUUGUCUCCUGGGCCCCCGCCUGGGCCAGGCCGUCUGCUGCUGGUGUGUCACAUCUCAGGUUUCCACCCCAAACCUAUGUGGGCCAUGUGGAUGCGGGGUGAGCAAGAGCAGCCAGGAACUCGACGAGAGGACUUCCUGCCUCAAGCAGAUGGCACAUGGUAUCUGCGGGUCACCCUGGACGUGGCGGCCUGGGAGGCUGCAGGUCUGGCUUGCCGGGUGAGGCACAGCAGCCUAGGAGGCCAGGACCUGCUCCUGCACUGGGAUGGGUACUCCGUCGUCCUCCAGAUCCUGAGCUGUCUGACCAUAAUAGCUGCCCUGGUCAUGGCCGUGGGAGUGGUCUUGUGGUUUAAAAGGCACAGAUCUCCUUCUCCCACAGCUCAAAUCGGAGGGUCUUCACUGUCCCUGUACCCCAUCCUGCCUUUCCUCAAGAAGUCCACACCCAGGGUCCCAGAAGAUCAGGACAACCCCCCUACUGGCCUCAGGAAUCAUCACUCAGAAAUGGUCUCUUCAAGAAGAUGAAAAUAAUCCUAGACCGAUUUUGGUGACAUUCACUAGCCUUGCACAUAUGUCUUUUUUCCGGGCUGGCUUCACGGGCAGGAGACAAAGAUGACCAGAGACUCAUGGCUGAGCUGAGAAUGCAGUUCAAUCUUUAUUCACGAGUGGGGAUGUGGUUCAACAAACUAAUCUAAUCUAAUCUAAUCACAACCCAAUUUUUUCCUGCCUCUCCUCCGGUGGAGUAUGAUAGGGGGCGGGGCAGGGAGAAGAAAGAAGCGCAAGCGCGAACAAAUGAUGACUAAACCAAA